AUGUCUAUCAACUGGGUGAUGCUUCAUGACCAGGAGGGCUUCGUGCGCCUUCCCAACGAACGCCUCAUCUACUCAUCACCUCCCCGCACUAGCCUCGCUCUGACGCCGCCACCAUCAUACAAGGGCCAAGAAGCUUUAUCGGUCCAGAGCAGCGCAGGCUGUAUUCAUCUCACCAACCAACGGAUUGUCUAUCUCCCCGCCCAAUCAUCCAAGGACUUCCAAUCCUUUUCCUCCCCUCUACUCAAUGUCCACGAUUCCCACGUUUCCGCUCCGUUCUUUGGUCCCAACGUAUGGACCGCCCUGGUACAACCCGUGUCGGGAGGGGGUAUCUCCCCAUCCCUGCCUGCCGUGCAAGUCAAAGUCACCUUCAAAGAGGGCGGCGCAUUUGAUUUCCAUACAAAUUUCGAGCGUAUCAAGGAACGUUUGGAACAGGCCGUGGAAGUCAUGAGCGACGGAGCACGAGGCACGCGAGGCGUGGACCUCUCGGCCGUGCAUCUCGAGGAGCUACCUGCAUACGAGGCGCAUGGGAAUACCAGUCAACCUCUUCCCCCCAGCAACGCACCGGUACCACCAACACAUAACCGACGAGUCUCCGAGGCUGGUCCCGAGCCAGUGGAGCCUCCGCCAUGCUAUGAAGAGGUCCAGUCCCAGAGCGUAGCUCAAGAACUGGAAGCCAGAUUACGACGGGCCAGCUGA